AAUAUCAUUGUCAACUUCAUUUUCUUAGCACCAAGUCUCCCAGCCUGGCAGUCUUCGUUCGCGCACAGAUUUCUGAUCGUUUGCAUUCAGGCUUUCUCAUUAUAUUGUUCAACUGCUGCUUUCUAUUGUUAUUUGCAACCGCCAUUGGGGUGCUGCCAUCAUGGUCGAAACCGCAGCUCCGGCUACUCCCAAAUCUCCGAUCUUUCCUGAUACUCUCACGUCAGUCACAGCGCUGGCUCGCUUCGAGUUUGAACCAGGUAAGGGUAAUGAAGGCACAAAAGUUAUGAUGGUGGAAUGGCAAGAUGACGACAAGUCACGUUUGAUGACAGGGAAAUGGCAUGUCUCAUGGUCCGGCAAACGUACAGUAUUUCCAGCGGACGAUGACCCCUCCGACAACAUUCGCCGAGUAUAUUUCCUCCUACCACCGAAUGCUACCGUGCCACCUCAUGUUGUCCUCGCAUAUCAUCCUUCUACAGAUCUCGCACAUGUGGAACCUGCUCCAUCGAGAAUGACCGUCAAUCCUUUACCAGCAAUUUUCACCCCCGAGCUAGGAGCCACUGCCAAAGCUGCUGGCAAGAAGGGUGUGCUGCACACAGUCUGGGCCAAGAAGAGGCUCCAAGUUCUGGAAAAAGAAAUAAAGCAGGAACAAGAGCGUAACCUGGAAGGUGUUGCGUUGGAAAUGGCCCUCUCAGAGCACCACUGGAUCGAAGCCAAUUUCGGUGUGGCUUCUAAGCCACCUGCUUUGGAUCUCAGCAACGUCGCAAAGUCCCCAUAUACACUCCCGAGCCCUGUUAUACACAGCCCAAAGUCCCCGGGCGGCAGACGCCUGAGUGAGAAGCUCAAGGGGUUGAGUUUGGGUACAAGUGAGAAGGAUCUGGCAGGUAGAGGACUGAACACUCCAACUCAUGAAGAACAUCCUUUGUCACCUGAGGUAUCAGACGUGGCCUACUCGUCCUUCGGUGCUUUUAGAAAUGAAACGACACUUUUUCCAGUCAAGAAGGUUGUCGCUCAGAAUCCCCCUGAGCAUAUUCGAAAACAGCAAGAACAAGCCCCAGCUUCUUCCAUGGACUUUCGACUGGGGCCCUCAAGUGACCCUGAGGUUGAUGACCUCUUCGCAAGGGCCCUAAACCCAAGGUCUCCGGAUGGACCUAAGAGUCCAUUCUCGAUCUCGAGUGCUGAGGCUGGCGCAUUCGCCAAGAUCAAAGGCGAACGAUGAACGGUUUGUAUCCAUCAUCGAUGAAAUCCUCAACACAACUCAGUGGAACACAGCAACUUAAGACCGAUGAUAUGACAUAACUCCAAGAGUAUACAAACGCCAACCCAUCCGGGACACGAUUUCUCUCCCUCCUCAGUACUCAUACUGACGCAGGCGCGCCC